UAAUGGUAUGAAUUUGAGCCCGUGGUAUCUCCGGACAUAAACAUGGCUGUCCCAGUCGGAGUUCCAUCCCUUUCACAGCUGUCAGCGGGACAUGCAACUGUCUAUGAGAAUUUCUUUAGACAGGCGGAUGUGUCAAAUACUGGUCAAAUAGGAGCGUCUGAUGCUGCGGCUUUCCUGAAGAAAUCUGGUUUAAAAGAAGGAAUUCUUCAUAAGAUAUGGGAGCUGGCUGAUCCACAAGGGACCGGAUUUCUAGACAAACAUCGAUUUUUCUUGGCUCUGAGACUGAUUGCCUUGGCACAGAAUGGUAAAGAUGUUUCCCUAGCAAAUCUUAUGUUGCUUGUACCAGCCCCCAAAGUGGGUGAUAUGAUGCCCCCUGCUGUACCUCCCCCACAAGAGAGCACACUAUGGGCAGUGAAGCCAGCAGAAAAAGCCAAGUACGACAAUAUUUUUGAGGGGCUAAAGCCAGUUAAUGGUCUGCUUCCUGGAGAUAAAGUGAAGCCUGUACUAUUGAACUCUAAGCUUCCCAUUGAUGUGCUUGGUCGGGUCUGGGAGCUUGCUGAUAUUGACAAAGAUGGCAUGUUAGACAGUGACGAAUUUGCUGUGGCCAUGCAUCUGGUGUACCGUGCUCUGGAGGGAGAUCCAGUUCCUCUCUCACUUCACGGCAAAGUCAUUCCUCCUUCAAAAAGGAAGUUAAAAGUGUCGUCAUCUGCGCCUUCAUCGCCAUCUCCUAAGGGACUCACUCCACCCUCAGUCAGCAGUUCAGUUCUCUCUGUCACUACCCCACAAGAAACUACUUGGGUGGUUACUAGUGCUGACAAGUUGAGAUAUGAUGCCAUGUUCAAGCAAGCCGAUAAGGAUGCUGAUGGACUUGUUUCUGGAGAAGAAGUAAAGAGUAUCUUCAUGGCUUCUGGAUUACCACAGCAAGUUCUUGCUCACAUUUGGGGGCUCUGUGACAUAACAAACCAAGGUCGCUUGAAUUCUGAGCAGUUUGCCCUGGCUAUGUAUCUUAUUCAUCAAAAGGUCAUGGGAGCUGAUCCCCCUCAGACCUUGAGCCCAGAGAUGGUGCCACCUUCUAUGAGGAGUGGAGGUGCUGUUACUCCUGCAGGAGGAGAGGAGAGGGAAGGUGCAGGUGCCGGAACAGCAAUUUCAGCCCUAAGUGAUUUUUCUGCCAUCAAAGAACUUGACAAAAUAACCAAAGAAAUAGAGGAACUAGGAAGGGAAAAAGCCAGUCUACAGCAUGAAAUUGAAGAAAAAGAAGACACAAUCAGGCAGAGAAAUGGAGAAAUACAAAAUCUACAAAGUGAGCUUGAGAAAACCAAAUUAAAAUAUCAGGAAUUGGAAAAACAAAAAGCGGAGUCGCAAGGCAAACUGGAUGAUUUAGACAAAGACAAAGCCAAAUUAGAAGAAAUGUUAAAGGACAUGAAGCAGAAAUGCGAUGAAGAAACAAAAACGAUAAACAGUUUACAGGCGCAAAUCUCAAAUUCAAGGAAAUCUGCCCUGCAACAAGAAGAAGAGCUUAGCCAAGCUAGGGACGAGUUGAACAAGAUUAGGGAAGAAGAAACAAAGCUUGAACGAGAAAUCGAAUCCAGCAAAGAGCAUCUCGAGACUGUACAAAAACAAAUUAAAUCUGUUCAAGCGGAAAUUUCGCAGGCUAGAUCGAAGGUGUCCACUUUGGAAGAAGCAAACAGUAGUUUAAACGCGAAUAUCGCUCAUUACAAUUCGCUGAUGAACUCUAACAGCUUAUCCAGUGGUCCAGCCUCCAUUCCAGAUUUUAGUCCUCUCUCUGAUGCGUUCGACAUGACACCGACUCCUUCAGAAGCGGAUGCAAUGAGUGUCAGAGCGACGGCUGGAAGCAGCCCUGUUAGUAGUAUAAGCGGUUUUAGUGUUGGAUCUGGUCGAGUAGACGAAGCUGUAGAUGAUUUUAAGGAUACAGAUCCCUUCAAGAGUAAAGAAAAUUUAUUUAGUUCCUCAGAAACAGAAUCUAAUGACCCUUUCCAUGUAGACGACCCUUUUAAAACAGAUCCGUUUCAUUAUAAAAGUGUAUCCUUCGCAGACCCUUUCCCAGGAGAUCCAUUUGAGGGUGAUGAUCUCUUCAAGAGUGACCCUUUUAAGAGUGAUUUACCAGCGAGUGGAGAAUCAAAUGGUACUGGUUCAGGAAUAGCGAAUGGUUUAUCGUCUUCACCAGCAAAAUCAGAUCCCUUCGCCAUGGAUCCUUUUCAAAGUACAUUUCCUAGUAGCAAAAGUCCGACAGAUAGCUUUUUCAGUUCAGAUCCGUUUAAACCAUCUGGAAGUAGUUCGGAUUCCAAGAAAAACACUGAUAACUCACAAGAAAAGGAUUCGAGUCCUGUUAAAGAUCCCUUCAGCAAUCCCUUUGGUUCUGAUCCGUUUGGGUCAUGAUGAAGCGUGAUCGACUGAAGAUAAAAACGACGAAAUGUUUAAAAUCGAAAUAUGAAGAGAAGCAAUGUCUGAAGAAGAUUAUGGCUUUUACCGAGUCCCGUGCUUCAUAGAGUACCACAAAUAAAAUGUCAAGUAUAUAUAUAGAAAAUUAAUGGCAAAAUUGCUUUUCCGAUCGAAAUCCCUUUCAAGAAAUUGUUCUGAGCCCGCGAUUUUCCUAAGAGGUUGCUAAGUUACGUGACGUGUCCUUGUGACGUCAGGCUGUCGUGGCAGCUGUCGGUGCGGUCGCGAGUAUUCGUGCAGCUUUCUGAUUGGCUUAUUAGACUUGAAAACGCUACAGAUAAUUUGACGAAGAUUAACUGAAUAUGGUCGGUUAAUUUCUCCGUCCGCACAAUGCAAGCGUGUUUGUAUUGUUAUAAAAGAAAUAGAGAGUGUUUAGGUCGCGCAUGGUUUGUGAAAUACUGGAAUUUUGAAAGUUAACACGGUUAAUGGAGCAUUAUACGUAAAUGUAUUCUUUUUAUUAAUAAUAUUCAUUUAAGCACUACUGCCACGUUUUCUUCUAUGUAGUUUAACGCAAUCUAGAAAUCAAAGUUGCUUCCGUCAAGCUAGUCAGCCUAGAAGGUUAUUUAUUUGCACUGAUGUGUAAGCGUUUAUUCAAGGGUAUCUCUGCGGAAAAGAAGGUGCUGUAGUAGGCUAGCAGUAACCACAUCAAACGUCUGUAAAGUGAACAUUUAGCUAGACUUCCUUUCUCUUUCUGUUCUGAAGAAUAAUGAUCAGUAGCCUUAGAGCAGGCUCUUCGCGAAGAACUACUCACAGGCUAAAUAAUUAGUUAACAAUUUUGUUGAGGUGUAGCCGAGCGUUCCAUCAUAAGAAAACCGCUUCUUAGACUCGUCCAGGUAUGGAGGAGAUGGAAAAUAGCUAGUUUUGCCCGUCGAAAUGCAAUGGAAAUUUUAUGAAAUUACCGUGCAUAUAUAUAUAGACGUGUGCCCCUUACUUUGUUGUUUUUCGUUAUUUUUUCUUCAUCAUUCUCAGUUAACCCAAGAAACAGUGUACUCCUGCACAGAGUGUAGUUCGUUCUUCAAAAGCAAUAUUGUGUUUUCAGACUUGUUUAAAAUUUAUACAUAGGUAAUCCUCCUCAAGUUAUUUUUACAUCACUGUCAGCUUCGGAAAUCUCCUGAAAUCUUCGGAAAUCUUCUGUGACGCAGAUUUUGCUCACGUUAAAGCUCCAAGAAAACACUUAACGCAACGCGCAUGUUUACAUUAUCCGCGGAAGAACUGGGUACCAUGUCUAAAAAUAACUUGAGAGGGAUUACGACCUUGGGAAUAAGGCCUAUAUGGGGAAUUAACUGUCUCACCUUUCAUGCUCUCUUGGAGCCGGUCACUGUUAAAUUGAAUUGAAAUUGAAUUGUUACAAUAUCUAAGUAAUUUUUCUCGUGUUCAAGAAUAACAUUUAAUUUGAAGGGAACCUGAAAAUAAUUGUUUUCUAAGGUAGAAAACUGAAAACACCAAAGAAGUGCUAAAAUUAAAGCGAAAAUAAACUAGGAUGGUCUACAAAGUUGAAAA